AUGGAUAAUGAGUCUCAGUUAGGCUACCUUCACACACUUCCUGUCGAGCCUUACAAAUACACAACAGUUACAAGGGCAGCGAAAGAAAAUGCCCUUCUUCGUCCGAAGCAGGAGAUUUUUAUCCUUCGGGAUGCAGGUGGGACAAGAUCUAGUUUGACUAAUGCCAGUCUUUACCAACAGGCUGAACAUCUCGCAAGGUACCUAGUAACUCGAGGAGUGAAAAAAGGAGAUGUUGUAGCCUUGGUAGGUCCGAACACACUAGAAAUGAUUAUUGGAAUGUUGGGGAUAAUGACAGCGGGAGCUGUUGUCUUGAAUAUCACCAUCAGUACAAAAACAGUGGUAGAUCUGAAAGACAAACUAUGUUUAACCAAUGUUAAGUGUAUGUUGUUGGAUUGCGGCAGUGAUAACAAUCUUUUCCUGCCUAUAAAGGCCAUUCUUCAACAUUGCAAUGUCCAAACGGACAGUGUAAAAGAGGCGGAUAGACUAAAAUUAAUUUUUAUGCGCAAAAUGGACAUCAAAGAUUUUCAAAAUACGGACACUUUCGAAACCAUACAAUUAAAGAAACUGGAUCAAGUAGAUCUUCCAUACAUUUUCCCGGAAGAUAACGCAUUAAUCUUCAUGACGUCCGGCAGUACGGGUAAACCAAAAAUGGCUCUUCAUUCUCACUUCAGCCUUACCAGUACACCCUUUUUCAUAACUGACCUGCAAGUGGACUAUGGUGUCAUAGUAUACAAUGACAGACCGUUUGCCUGGAGUGGAGGAUCACCUGUUUUUACUAUCUUGCGAGGUGAAACCAGAGUCCUUAUGAAUGCAUAUAUAACAAUGAACAGCCAAAAUACAGACUUUCUUUGGGGAAUUUUGAAAGAAGAAAAAUGUACGCAUGCUCUCCUGUUACCCUUUGCUAUACAAGAUUUACUUGGGUUACCAAAAACUGCUACAGUUGAUGGAUACAAGCUUCAGCAAGUAGCAACCGGGGGACAAAUGAUAAACGACUUUCAUACUGGUAUCAUGGGACAGUUCUGUCAUAGAAUGAUGAUCGUGUACGGUAGUACUGAGGCUACGGGAAUCGCUAUGAAAGUGUUAUUGGAUCGUACAAAGCCGCUUGAUGCAGGAGAUGUUGGCCAUCCCUAUCCAGGAGUGGAAGUCAGAGUAGUGGAUCCUGAAGAGAUUCCCGUUAAAAGAGGAGUGACUGGACAGAUCCAGAUCCGCUCAACACAAUUAAUGAAAGAAUAUGUUGGUAAUCUGGAACUCACAAAGGAGGCUUUCACUGAUGGAAGGUGGUUUAGAACAAGCGACAUCGGUAAAAUAUCAUCGGAUGGACGCAUGAUUCUACUUGGAAGAGAAGUUGAUGCAAUAUCCAGAGGCACUCGAAAGAUAUAUCCUGGUAUGCUGGAGUUCUUACUGAAAGGUUUCAAACAAAUCAAGGAAGUUUGUAUUGUCCCUGUUCCUGAUAAAAGGCUGUAUGAAGAGAUAUGUGUUUGUUUUGUUCCAUCCGGACCUUUGACUCUAGCUGAUGUUCAGCAGUAUUGCAAGGAAAACCUGUUCACCGAGAACACCGUUGAUGGCCUUGGGGAAAUGCCAUCAUACUUCCUACAGUUUGAAGCUUUCCCGAAGUUAGGAAACGGUAAACCUGACAAAAAAGCGAUACGACUUGACGCUGUUUUCAGAUUAAACUUGACCCGAGAAGAUGAAAGAAAUAACUAA